AUGCGAGACGCUUCUUCCACUCACGCUUCAACAGAAGGUCAAGAAGUGGCUACUUCAUCGGGAUAUGACUAUGAAGUAUUCUUGAGCUUCAGAAGAGGACCAGAUACUCCAGCAGUUUUUACCGACUUCCUUUACACUGGAAUGAUAGAUAUGGGAAUCUGCGCAUACAAGGAUGAUGAAGAUCUCCGAAAGGGAGAAGAGUUUGGCCCGAGACUUCUCCAAGCAAUUGAGCAGUCGAGGAUCUCAAUACCUAUCCUUUCUAAAGGUUACGCCUCCAGCGUAUGGUGUCUCAAGGAGCUAGUCAAGAUGGUGGAGUGCCACAAAACAAUGGGACAAAAGAUCAUGCCCAUUUUCUAUGAUGUGGCUCCUUCAGAGGUUCGACACCAAACUGGGGGUUAUGGAGAGGCCUUCGGUUCACAUGAAAAAGAGAUGCGACACGAUAAAAAGAUUGUGCAAGAGUGGAAAGAUGCUCUCACUGUAGUCGGGCAAAUAAACGAAUGGGACCUACAAAGCAUGUCCAACAGGCGAGAAGGUGAGUUCGCAAGAAAAGUUACCCAAAAGGUUUUGAGUGAGUUGAAAAAGGCUUAUCUGGCAGUAUCAGAGUGCUUGGUCAGUGUUGACAACCACAUGGAUGCAAUCAUGGAAAUGAUAGGUGCUGGGACAAGUGAAACACGAAUUAUAGGAAUCCACGGGAUGGGUGGCAUCGGAAAGACAACUACUGCCAAAAUGAUCUACAAUCAGCUUUCACACGACUUUGAGAAUUGUUGCUUUCUUCAAGAUAUUCGAGAAACGUCAAAAGGUUAUGGCAUUCAAUGCUUACAGAAUCAGCUCAUCUCUGUCAUCCUCAAAACGAAAUGGAUGGAUAUAAAAGACAUUGAUGAAGGAACUCAGAUGAUUAAACACAGUUUGUUUGAUAAAAAAGUCCUCCUUCUUCUUGAUGAUGUGGAAGAAGAGAAUCAUAUUAAUGCACUUGUAGGUAAAUGUGAUUGGUUAGGCAGAGGGAGCAAAAUUAUUAUUACUACAAGAAACAAAGAUAUUCUCGAGGUUCCUGAAGUGGACUGCAGUUAUGAGCUUAGUGGCAUGGAUUUUGAUCAAUCUCUUCAACUAUUUAGCAAACAUGCCUUCAGAAAAGAUAAUCCUUUGGAUGAGUAUAUCGGCCAAUCGAAGAGGGCAAUAGGCAUUGCUAGAGGUCUUCCACUGGCUCUUGAGGUCAUAGGCUCACUUUUAUGUCACACUAAAAGGAAAAGUGGGAUCUCACAUUGA